AUGCGGAGCCAUAGGACUCGCUGGCACUGCUGGAAACACUCUGCACGGGGCCCGCCAGGAGGCCUGGCCUUGGCGCUGCUGCUGCUGUCCUGGGUGGCACUCGGCCCCCGCAGCCUGGAGGGAGCAGAGCCCGGAACGCCGGGGGAAGCCGAGGGCCCAGCGUGCCCGGCCGCCUGUGCCUGCAGCUACGAUGAGGAGGCGAACGAGCUCAGCGUCUUCUGCAGCUCCAGGAACCUCACGCGCCUGCCUGACGGGAUCCCAGGCGGCACCCAAGCCCUGUGGUUGGACAGCAACAACCUCUCGUCCAUCCCCCCGGCGGCUUUCCGGAACCUCUCCAGCCUGGCCUUCCUCAACUUGCAGGGCGGCCAGCUGGGCAGCCUGGAGCCGCAGGCACUGCUGGGCCUGGAGAACCUGUGCCACCUGCACUUGGAGCGGAACCAGCUGCGCAGCCUGGCGGUCGGCACCUUUGCGUACACACCCGCGCUGGCCUCGCUGGGCCUCAGCAACAACCGCCUGAGCAGGCUGGAGGACGGGCUCUUUGAGGGCCUCGGCAACCUCUGGGACCUCAACCUUGGCUGGAAUAGCCUGGCCGUGCUCCCCGAUGCGGCGUUCCGUGGUCUGGGUGGCCUGCGCGAGCUGGUGCUGGCGGGCAACAGGCUGGCCUACCUGCAGCCCGCGCUCUUCAGCGGCCUGGCCGAGCUCCGGGAGCUGGACCUGAGCAGGAACGCGCUGCGGGCCAUCAAGGCCAACGUGUUCGCGCAGCUGCCCCGGCUCCAGAAGCUCUACCUGGACCGCAACCUCAUCGCUGCCGUGGCCCCGGGCGCCUUCCUGGGCCUGAAGGCGCUGCGAUGGCUGGACCUGUCCCACAACCGCGUGGCUGGCCUCCUGGAGGACACGUUCCCCGGCCUGCUGGCUGCCCCUCGGGCUCCCUGCAGGACAUCCCCCAGGAAUGAUGACACCAACUCAAAUCCCCGGGAGCUCUGCGUAUCACCCCUCCUCUUCGGGGCGUCGCCCUGA